GCCGCGAGGCUCACGAGCGGUCGCGGAAGGCCAAGAAGAUGAUCGGGCUGAAGGCCAAGCUCUACCACAAGCAGCGGCACGCCGAGAAAAUACAGAUGAAGAAGACCAUUAAAAUGCAUGAAAAGAGAAAUACAAAGCAAAAGAAUGAUGAAGAAACACCUAAAGGAGCUGUACCAGCAUACCUGCUGGACAGAGAGGGCCAGUCCCGGGCUAAGGUUCUCUCUAACAUGAUCAAGCAAAAAAGAAAAGAAAAAGCUGGGAAAUGGGAGGUUCCUCUGCCAAAGGUCCGUGCACAAGGAGAAACAGAAGUUUUAAAAGUAAUUCAUACAGGAAAAAGAAAGAAGAAGGCUUGGAAGAGAAUGGUUACAAAAGUUUGUUUUGUUGGAGAUGGCUUCACUAGGAAGCCUCCUAAAUAUGAACGAUUCAUUCGACCAAUGGGCUUACGUUUCAAGAAGGCACAUGUGACGCAUCCAGAGCUUAAAGCUACUUUUUGCCUACCUAUCCUUGGUGUAAAAAAGAAUCCUUCGUCUCCUUUGUAUACAACACUGGGUGUAAUUACCAAGGGUACCGUCAUUGAAGUGAACGUGAGCGAGCUUGGCCUUGUAACACAAGGGGGCAAAGUUAUCUGGGGGAAAUAUGCACAAGUAACAAACAAUCCAGAAAAUGAUGGCUGUAUUAAUGCAGUUCUGCUUGUUUAAGUUGCAAUUUGAUACUAAG